AUGGUCAAAGGUCUCAUCAAGAGAUACUCCCAGGCAGCCAUGGUGCCACCAAAGCUCUUGUAUGUGGACUCUGGCUGCUGCAAGGACACAGGUGGGCAGACUAAACUGGAGGAGAGGUUUAGCGGUUGGCCAGACCUCACUGUCAGACUGGACAUCUACCAUUUUAUGAGGCGCCUGGCUGUCGGUUGUACCACUGACGCUCAUCCUCUGUACCCCACGUUCAUGGCCCGACUGUCCUCGUGCAUUUUUGAAUGGGACCCAAAUGAUGUUGCCUUGCUGCGCUUGGCAAAGAGGAAACAGCUUAAAAAAGAGGGUGUUCCUGGGGUGACCAGUGCAAUGGUGGACAGGAACAUCACAAAAGAUGAGCUGGCCCAGUACUGCAGACGAAGGACACGGGGUGAGGAGACCACAAUCCUCCUCAUUCAAACACUCCUGCAGGAGCUGAUGGGAGAGAAGGGCAGAGACCAAAUGGGUGUCCCUUUGUUGGACAAUGUCAGAAUGGAGCACAUAUGGCGUGUGCAGCAGAGGCAUGUAAAGUGCAUUCAGGAUGUACCAGGUGUACCACUGUACACUGACAUAGGGAACACCACAGUGGAAGGCAUUGUACUAACCAGGUACAGAUGUGCAAGAGGCUCUACAUCCCUGGAAUCCUUCCACCUGCACCUCAACAGAUUCAUCCCAGGUACACAGGCCAACAGUCUCAACUUUCAGCUGUACCUGUUGGAGGGUCUUAACAGGUGGAAUCAUAACAGGAGUGUGGAGUCUGUGGCAUCCAAACCUCCCUCUUUUCUAUGUUAUUCUGGGGACCUGCUUCACAGUGUGAACAACAGCUCUCUGAAAGUGCUUGGGCGGAGGUUUGUCCCAUCCUUUCAGCCACCCACACAGUACACUGGAGAAUUAAUUGGUAUCGACUACUUGUAUGAGCAGACUGGGCACUCUUUUCCAGAGAUGGAGAAGGAAACUGAAGAGACAGAUGAGUUAUUAGAGGACAUUGCCUUGGAGUAUGAACACCUAGAUGAGGGUUUUGAUGAGCCUGUGUUUCCCAUCCUGGAUAACAUUUUAGCUGAUCCAUUGGCUGCUACCAUCACCAUCCCAGCUGUGACCUCACCCUCCAUUGGCCUUCUGCUUGUGCCACCAUCAGAACAAACAUCUGUGCUCUCACAGUAUCCACCAUCACCUCUGCUGCCUGCUACUCACAUUUCUUCUCCCUCACCACACCAGUGUUCUGUACCACCUGUUGCUCCACUUACACAGUCCUCUGCCUCCUGCGUGGCUCCUCCUGCCCUCACACAGUCCUCUGCCUCCUGCGUGGCUCCUCCUUCCCUCACACAGUCCUCUGCCUCCUGCGUGGCUCCUCCUGCCCUCACACAGUCCUCUGCCUCCUGCGUGGCUCCUCCUGCACUUAUACAGUCCUCUGCCUCCUGCGUGGCUCCUCCUGCCCUCACACAGUCCUCUGCCUCCUGCGUGGCUCCUCCUGCCCUCACACAGUCCUCUGCCUCCUGCGUGGCUCCUCCUGCCCUCACACAGUCCUCUGCCUCCUGCGUGGCUCCUCCUGCCCUCACACAGUCCUCUGCCUCCUGCGUGGCUCCUCCUGCACUUAUACAGUCCUCUGCCUCCUGCGUGGCUCCUCCUGCCCUCACACAGUCCUCUGCCUCCUGCGUGGCUCCUCCUGCCCUCACACAGUCCUCUGCCUCCUGCGUGGCUCCUCCUGCCCUCACACAGUCCUCUGCCUCCUGCGUGGCUCCUCCUGCACUUAUACAGUCCUCUGCCUCCUGCGUGGCUCCUCCUGCCCUCACACAGUCCUCUGCCUCCUGCGUGGCUCCUCCUGCCCUCACACAGUCCUCUGCCUCCUGCGUGGCUCCUCCUGCCCUCACACAGUCCUCUGCCUCCUGUGUGGCUCCUCCUGCCCUCACACAGUCCUCUGCCUCCUGCGUGGCUCCUCCUGCACUUAUACAGUCCUCUGCCUCCUGCGUGGCUCCUGCUCCAGUUGCACAGAUGUCAGCGUCCUUCAUGCCCCUUGCUCCACUUGCGUCAGUCUCUGCCACCACCGAUGCCACUACAGAGGAGCCUGUAGAGCAACUGGCUGUAGAUGACCAUAACAUACCUGGGAUGGACCGUGUGGACAGCCUUGCUGAGUACCUAGUGGGUCUUCGCAGUGAAACAAGUCUGAUAAUAACCAACCAAAAGGCUAGUACCAUUAUAGGACUUUGGCAAAAUUUGCUACCAUAUGACCAGCAGCGUGUAGCUUUUGCUGCUCGUUAUCAGGACCGGCUCACCACAGGCAGGUUCAGGUCACCAAAGAAAAAAAGAGAGUUUACCCCUGGUGUGGAGAGCCUAAAACGCUGCAUUCUGAGCUCCUCUGGUUCUCCUGCCCAGUGGCCAGACUGUUGCCGUCUGUUGGAAGCCAUUUUUGUCAAGCUCUGUGGAAUACACAGGAGCCCAAAAAAACAAGGGCAGGUGACUUUGUCAAGGUGGGCUUUGAUUCUAAAAGACUACAGCAAAAUCCGACAGCUUAUCCUGGGUAAUGGUGCUGUUAUGCAAAGCACCACUCUUCAGCUAGUGGAAGUCAACUCAACCACCCUGAACCAAUGGUACAACAAACGAGUCAAGAAACAGGAUGUUCAGUUAGUGCUGCAAGGGAUAAACCUGCCAUCUUCUGUCCCUGUUGCCACUGAGCCUCUUCAGCCUGCAAAUCUUCGCCCUGCUGUUGCUCCUCCACCACCAGGUGUUCAACAUGUGUACCACUUGCCACAAAGCACAGUAGGGCAGGCAAAGUGUAAAAAACGAGCUGCAUCAACAGAUGACCACUUCUUACCACCUUCUGCACGUCAGAAGAUGUGUGCUCAGAGGAAACUUUUUCCAAAGCCUUCAACUGUCCCGUCUUCUCAAACAUUUUCUCUGCAAACCACUACAACUUUAAGUCAGCCAGCAGUGAUAUUUAAGCCUUCCCCUCCUUUGUCUUCCAUUUUUACCAUACCUGUAUCCUUCCCUGUCUCGUCUGUGAGUACUGUUGCCCAGACAACAGCUACAACAGCUUCAUCGGUUGCACCAACCCCAUCCAUGUGUACUACAAAGAAAUCCACAUCCAAGGCCAGGUUUAAUAAAAGGAGAGUGGAGGCAAACUCCUGUCGCAAGUGUGGGCAGUUCAGAACUGAGACAACAGGGCACAGUCAGUAUAAAGGGAAAAUAUAUUGCCCUAAUACAGAGACAAUGUCUCGGGAAAAGUGGCUUGAGGAGACAAAAAAGAGAAAAGCUGACCAUACCUAAACACUGUACAUUUAACUGUAUUU